AUGGGACUUCCUGUAGCCUCCUCGAAGACCGCCAGCGAGGCGAAGCGGUCGACGCACGAUGCCCAGGAGCCGGCCGCGACAUCAGCUCGACGUGAUGAUGACCACCACACGACGGCCAUGCCCAAGGGCGCCGGUGUGAAUACUGGUGCCGGUACGACGCGCGCCAAGACGGCGGAGGAGGUCGAGGCGGACCGGCUCUACGACGAGCGCAUCGAGGAAGAGUAUGCGAAGCGCGACGGCGGCUCGUAG